AUGCGCCAGUGUAUUUGGGAAACUGAGUACUGUCAACAGUUCCAUCACUAUCACCAAGGAGGUAAAUAUCAUUCGCGUCAGCAUAGCUGCAAGGAUGUGGCGGACGACACAUCACAGCGGAUGCCUCUCUCGCGGGUUUACUCUCAAGAUGGUGCUCUGGGUACUGCACUAUUCGUGGCAGAUCGGGCUGUAUCUGCUUUCCGACAGCCCUGGGUACAACAACCUUUCUUCUGGGUUUUGCCCGAAGCUGAGCGCGGUCGCGCGGCCGCUACCAGUAACCUUCUCGAAGGUGAAAAUAGUGCGUAUGCCUCUGCCGUCACUGUAUUUAUUGAGAUGCACAACGCGGUACUCAUCUCCCACUCCAGCAGUAUCGAAGCGCUCGAGGGGAUAUCCAAGCCUCAGACGGCACGCCGACAAGGUUGCAGCAGGAAAGGUUCUAAAAACCAGGAAAUCAUGGCUCAUGCCAGCGAGAUCCAGGAAACGAACCGAGCACUUGUCGACAUGGAGGGGAGGGUGAGUUCCAACACGUACGGUCGGUCAAAAGAAGCCCUCGAGAAAACCGCCAAGGCCCGGCAGUACCGUGACGUCGAAAUCCAAAGUACAGAAACAGGCGUUGAACUUGUUCAACCUCAGCAGCAGCUGAUGGUCAAUGCCAGCAGUCGAGAGAAAGCUCUCAGUGCUGAGCUUGAUCUAGUCAAGGUCAUGCCUGAUCGCCGACUGUCAGAAGGCUUUUGUUUAUUCAACAAAGGAUACCGAGCACAGACGGAAGAUCGACAAUCUCCAGUCCAACGGUUGAACCCUCGGUGCAGAGUGCCAGAAGCUGCUUGCACUGGUCCAAAGGCAGCUAGCAACAUCAACUCCCUCGCGGACGCUAACGCCAAGGUUAUCGAACAUCAAGCACAUAUCGAUCACCUGAAGCAGCAGCGAAUGAGCCAGCUCGUAGAGACGCCAACGGACGCCUUGAGCGGACAACAGCUCGAGAGACUCCGCACAUGA